GCUUAUUAAAUUGAACGUCUUUUCAUAAAUAUAUCUAACAUAAAAUUCAACUAUAAAAUCGUAGUUUUGAACACACCCUACAUCACUUCUCAAAGAAAAAAAAUAUUAACCUCUCUGCAAUUUUUCCAUUGUUUUCAGAUUGAUUUUUCCUGGUUUUUUAUGUUUGUACAAAAGCUAUAAACACAAUAACUUUCGUCUCCUUUUGGCCUUGCGUGUGUGUGUUGUGUGUGAAAAGAGUGUUCAUUCAUUUAGAAAUACAGAGACAAACAAAGGCAGGAAAGGUGGAAGAUUCUUUUCCAUAUCUUGUCUCCUUGUUUCAAUAGUCUUGGCACAAAUCCCAAUUCCCUGUUGUCAAUAAAACCCAAAAAUUGAGAGAGAGAAACAACUUUGGAUGAUUUCUUUUUGCAAAGUUGGGAUUUUUAUUGCAUUUUUCUUGGAUUCUUGAAAUGGGAUUUGAAAAUUGAGGUUCUUUUGUAAAGAAGGUGAACAAAUAGGAUAGUUUGAUGAACUUUGUAAACUGCUUUGCUUUUUCAAAAGACAACUACGAAGGCGAAGAUGAUGCAGCACAAGAGAAGCCCGGCCUCAGUUAACCAAAGCUCGUUCGCGAACUUGAUGCCUAAAAGACUCAAGAUUGAUGCCCCUCUCUCUUCCAAAGAGAAGAAGGAGAGGGUGAGCGAACGCGUCUCUGCUCUUCAACAGCUCGUCUCGCCAUAUGGAAAGACUGAUACAGCCUCAGUACUUCUUGAGGCAAUGGAGUACAUAAGCUUCUUGCACGAGCAAGUCAAGGUAUCGUCUCUCUUGAUCUCUUUAUGUCGCGUUGGAAUGAAAAUGACGUUGUCUUGGCCUCCACAGGUUUUGAGUGCUCCAUAUCUAUGUAGCACAGAGGGCGAGGAGGCGUGUGGCCUCAGAGCGAAGGGCUUGUGUGUCGUGCCAACGUGUUUAGUUCUUGAAGUUGGAAGCAGCAAUGGUGCUGAUAUAUGGGCUCCAAUCAAGACCACCCCCCCUAGUGAAAGAAGGCUGGUGUCGGAUGAGGGUGCUUCGGUCGUGAUUUACUGCUGAUCGCUGGGGUGAGGACGAAGUCAGGCGCCUCGGGGAUCAAGUCAUGUUGAUCGGCCUAGAGGAGGCCGGGGUGGAAGGGAGUUUGGUUUGGUUGGGUUGUAUGGUUAUGGUAUAGGAGAUCAUAGAGUGAGCAAAUUAGUUGUUUGUUGAUAGUGCUAUAUGCAUAUUAGACAUGUAAAGUUAUGUAAAAGUGGCAAUGAAUCGUACAAUAGUUGAUAAUA